GGGAGUCUGUCAGUCUGACCAGUGAGCACAGAGCGGCACAGAGCGGCACAGAGCGGCACAGAGCAGCGUAUUGUGGGGGAAAAACAAACCAAAAUACACUGAGAGGAAACAAACAUGCAGGGGAUCUUUGGAAAAAAUGGCUCAGAGACUCCAGAGCCAGUGACAGCUCCAGUUACAGGAUCCAUCCCAUCAUGGCUGCAGGGAACUCUUCUCAGGAACGGACCGGGCCUGUUCUCGGUGGGCGGAACCAAGUACAACCACUGGUUUGACGGGAUGUCGCAGAUCCACAGCUUCACCUUCAGAGACGGUGAGGUGACGUACAGGAGUAAGUUCCUGAAGAGCGACACCUACAAGCGAAACGUGAAGGCCAACAGAAUCAUUGUAACUGAGUUUGGAACCAUGGCCUACCCAGAUCCCUGCAAGAACAUCUUCUCUAGGAUGUUCACUCAUCUUUGCAACAUCAUUCCUGAUUUUACCGACAACAACUUGAUCAACAUUAUUCGCUAUGGCCGGGACUACUACGCCUCCUCUGAGAUCAACUACAUAAACCAGAUCGAUCCUGUGACCCUGGAAACCGUUGGCAGGACAAACUACAGGAACCACAUCGCCCUGAACUUGGCGACAGCUCACCCUCACUACGACGACAAGGGCAACACCUACAACAUGGGCACUGCGAUCCUGGGCUUUGGUCCUCCUAAAUUUGUCAUCUUCAAAGUCCCGGGCGAUGCUUCAGAUAGAGACAGCCAAAAGCCGGCGUUGAGGAAAGUGCAGAAGAUCUGUGCCAUUCCAUUCAGAUCCAGUCUGUGCCCGAGCUACUUCCACAGCUUCGGCAUGACUGACAACUACAUCGUGUUCGUGGAGCAGCCCUUCAAGCUGGACAUCAUCAAACUGGGCACAGCUUAUUUCAGAGAGGACAACUGGGGCAACUGCCUCAAAUUCGACAAAGACGACAUCACACUGUUUCACAUCAUCGACAGAAAGACCGGAAAGGAGGUGGGUACCCGAUUCUACAGCGACGCCCUGGUGGUGUUCCACCACAUCAACGCCUACGAGGAAGACGGUCACGUGGUGUUUGACCUGGUCAGCUACAAGGACAGCAGUCUGUACAACAUGUUUUAUUUCAAAAAUCUGAUGCAGGAAGCCAGUGGCUUCAUCCAGUCCCAUGAGGACUUCUCCAGACCAACCUGCCAGAGAUUUGUCCUGCCACUCAACAUCCAAAAGGACUCUGCUCGAGGAACCAACCUGGUGACGCUGACAGACACGUCGGCCCAGGCAGUGGUCCAGGAGGAUGGAUCCGUCUACUGCAAGCCGGACACCAUAUUCCAAGGUCUGGAGCUGCCGGGAAUCAACUACAACUACAACACCAAGAAGUACAGAUACUUCUAUGGAUCCAGGGUGGAGUGGUCCCCUCAUCCUAACAAGAUUGCAAAGAUCGACAUCGUUGAGAGGAAACACGUGGAGUGGAGCCAGGAGAGCUGCUUCCCGUCAGAGCCGGUGUUUGUCGCGUCUCCCGGAGCCGUGGAGGAGGACGACGGUGUCGUCCUGUCGUCCAUCAUCUCGUCGGACCCCGAAGUCUCUCCGUUCAUGCUCGUACUUGACGCUAAAACCUUCAAAGAAAUCGCCCGAGCUACAAUCCCUGCCAGUGUCCACAUGGACCUUCACGGGUAUUUUAUCCCGGCUGCCGUGCAGCACGUCAGCUAACGGCUCUAUUUAUUAUUCCCUGCUGUAAAUUCUGUAAUAUUUAGCUUCGUGUACAUUUGUUUUUAGAAAAUAAUCAAAUUUUAUGCAAAAAAAAACUAAUAUACUUUCAAUGUUUGUAUUUUUUUUGUCCUUGUUUGACUUUAAAGUGUUUUCGAUAGUUUUUCUUGCUUAUUUUAAAUUAAGAUGUCAAACAUUGCAGAUUUAUUAAAUGAAUUUAAAAGGUUUUCAUUUUAAUUAAACGAGUCCAUGAGAAAACUGCUGAAGUGUUAUUAGAUGCUUUGCCCUCAGUUUUCUGUUUUUAUUAAUUGCUUUGUAAAUAUGACUUUUUAAUAAAUAUAUAUAUCAUACAUCCAGCACUUACAAUUGGAUCUAGAUAAUUAAGAUAUGUAUAAAUGUGUAUAAAGA